AUUGGCUGGCUGGCUGGCUGCGUUUCCUCCGCGUUCUCGUUUGCCGAGACGCGAGUAGGGGUGCCUUUGCCGUGACGCGUGUGCGCCGCGUGCACAUACACGAUCCGCACACACGUCCACGUAACACGACCCGAGAGUCGAGCGCCUUUCCGAGAGCGUCGAGGUAAUUGCAGUACGCUCGCGGAUGUUUCAGUGAUCGCCGCGGUUGCGAAUUCUUCGUUGCCAUAUUCCCACGAAAAGGAAAAGAAAGGAGGAUCGACGUCAAAUCGGAUGAUGAGCGAUAGACGAGACUGGUAGAGCGAGAAAACCAGCGAGAUAGAGCGAGACAACCAGAGGGAGGAGAGAGAGCGCGGGAAGGGAGCGAAGGAGAGAGAGAGAGAGCGAGAUAGAGAGGAUCGUUCGACCAAUCGUCGCGUCCUGUGGCUUCGUCGUCGAUGAGACCGCCGUCGCGCGACGUAACCUCAGUCGCUUGCGUGGAAACACGCCUGUUGGGAGACGCGAGUGAAGCGAGCGAGCGAAACCUGUAAUACGCUGUAACAAUAAUAACCAAAUACGCGACGUAGCGCGACAGACGCGAUCCAACGUUGCUGUUUUUUACACGUGCAUGCGCGAACUUGUCGCGUGUGUUUCGUGGGAAUACCCAGUGAGAACCGAGUCUCGGCACCGCGUAUCGCGGGUGUCCGACGACGAUUUGCGCUGGUACGCACGCAACGAGCGACGGAACGGAGUCGCGUCAAUACGCGUAUCGUCAACCAGAAAAACUCGGCUAGCGUGUCCUCGUUGCGUGAGAAAGAGAGAGGAGGCACGUCGCAGCGCUCGCGAAGAGAAAGGAGCCUCUCCGUGGUAUCUCCUCGCGCUCCCCUCCGACGCACUGCACAAGGUGUCGAAGGCACGUCGGCUGCGCGUAUUCGACCGAAUUUCGCGCUUUACGAGCUCGAGCGACAGACGCAACGAGGAAGGAGGGAGAGAGAGAGAAAGAGGUAGACGAACAAGGCAUAUAGACGCAAUCACAGGAGUAAUAGAGAAGGACGCGAGUAAGCAAGAAAGGGAGACGGAAGAAACGGUAAUCGAGUGGGAGAGAUACGACCACCAAAGGUGCGGAAAGAACGAGAGAGAGAGAGAGAGAGAAGGGAGGGAGGAAAGACGACAGCGUCGAGCGGAGCAAGAAACGGAUAGCAACUCGACGGGGAAAGCGUGACAGACGUAUCCCAUCGUGUCGAAAGGCAGCGGGAGAUACGGAGAAUUGGCGCGUGCGAGAGAGAGAGAACGAUAUCCGAGUGGGAGCGAAACGGUAGGGGAGGGGAUAAAGGCAUAACCCGAGCGGUGCUGCCGCCUGUUGGCGACGUUGCGUCUGCUCCCCCACCCGGGCCAGUGUCGAGCGAGACCCGACGGUGGGUCUUCGUAGCGCGAUUUUCCCUCGAGACCUCGAGCGCUACCGAGGUAGGUUCCUCGUACGCGAUAGGCUCGUCCUUCGUUGCAUUCCUCGUACGCGCGUGAGAAGAGCUUGCGCCGCGGGCGUCGUUCGUGCGUUUUGUAUUUUUUCUAUUCCGCGUAUGAGCACGCGUUCUCCCGGUGCCUCUCCGUCCGCGAGAGUCGAGAGAGUCGCGACACUCGCCCGCGAUACGUAUUGAACACGCGUUCUCCCACCACGAGUCAUCGAUUUCCCACGCGACGCGCUCAUUCGCGCCGCACUCGGUGAGGGAAUUCGCGAGGGUGAAGCAGGAUUCCUCGGCGCAGAGCGAGCGAGACCCGGCAACGCCGCCUGUGGCAGCAGCGGGAGUGGCGGCAGCGGCAACGGCGGUGACGGCGGCGAGCGGCAGCGGCAGCGGUAACGGCGCGGGCAACACGGCGCUCUACGAGACAGCGGCAGUAGACGGCGCUGGUGCUGCGCCCCGGCGGCCGUCGAUCGAAGCCCGCGUUAUCGCAAUGGCUUCCGUGAAAGACACGGCGACUUUCUUCGCGGAGGGCACCGCGACGCAGUUCGAGCACGUUCUCAAACUUUAUCCGCAAGCGUUGCGCCUAAAGGCCGAUCGAAAGACGAAAAAGCCCGAAGAACUGAUCAAACUAGACAACUGGUACCAGAAUGAACUUCCGAAGAAGAUCAAAUCGCGCGGCAAGGAUGCUCAUCUUAAUCACGAGGAAUUGGUGCAGACGAUGAAAUGGAAGCAAAUACGCGGCAAGUUCUAUCCACAGCUGUCCUACCUGGUAAAGGUGAACACACCGCGCGCUGUGAUGGCAGAAACGAAAAAAGCGUUCAAGAAGCUCCCGAAUCUCGAACAAGCGAUCACGGCGCUAUCGAAUUUAAAGGGCGUCGGUACCACGAUGGCGUCGGCUCUUCUCGCAGCGGCAUCGCCGGAGAAUGCGCCCUUCAUGGCGGACGAGUGCCUGAUGGCGAUACCGGAGAUCGAGGGUAUCGAUUACACUACUAAGGAAUACUUGAACUUUGUCCAACACAUCCAGAACACUGUCGAGAGGCUGAACAAACAGACGUCGAACGGUAAGACAUGGAGCCCACACAGAGUCGAGCUAGCACUGUGGACGCACUAUGUAGCAUCCGAGCUGAAACCGGAGCUGCUUGAUGGAAUCCCCGGCUCGACGAAGAACGGUAAUUCUCACGGCGCCAGCAACGGCGAGGCAACCGAGCCAUCGGACGACAGCAAUCAGGAAACGGUAGCGAAUGGAAAGGAUACGCCGGCAGUACUCGAUCCGGCGGCGAUUGACGAAAAUAGCACGACAACGUCCUUCACCGAGGACUCGAUGGAUAAGCCGGCAACUCCAAUUAUCGCUGGUGAUCAUCAUGCCGUUGUAGGUGCCAGCGAAGACACGAACGACUCCCUCAUUACCAAUGACGACGACAGCAACAAUGGGACGUCACGAGUUACCGACAGCGAAGAUACCGAGGAGGAUUCACAGGAUGCGCAGGAGCCGCCCACUAAGAAAAGCAAGAAGUGACCCGAUCGGCUCAGUGACGCGACGAGCAACAACGUCAGCACUUUCGUGCCCGCCAGAAGUCUGUCGAUCAUCGCAGCACCGCGUCGUUCAUUCUGAAUCGUCAAUCAGAUGAUAGACCGACGGACAGACGAACGAUCGGACGGUCGAACGAACGUACGAACGAACGAACGAACAAACAAACGAACGAACGAACGAACACAAACGAAUAAAUAAACGAAUGAAUGAACAGACGGACGGAUAGACGUAUAGUAGAGAUGCACGGACAGACGCGGAUGGAUGGAUUAUCUCUUUUUGCGUGAUUGCUUGGACGGAGCAUGGCCGCUCGCUUCAUCCUCAACUCUUGUUGCGGCGGGAGAUGAGGGAGGGGGACGAGAAAAGGGGACUUUAUGGGAUUCCUUAGAUGACAUUCACGAAUCCUCUUUCUCUCUCUCUCUCUCUCUCUCUCUCUCUCUCUCUCUUUCUCUCCUUGUGUUUGUAUCCUUCCCGCCUACAUUUAUGUCUCUCGUUUCUUUACGAUCCUUCCGCUUCAGUAGCAAUUUUUACCGAGUGACUGACGAGCAUCCUCGUUCAUGUAGAUGAUGCGGCUGCAAUGGAUCCUCGUUGUUGUUGUUGUUGUUGUUCGGACAGUCUCGCGCAUUUAUAUAAUGUCAAGAAGAGUUUUGCAGCAUCUUGAUCAUGGAUCUCCUGUACAAAGCAUGUUGGAGCGGACGAGGAAACGUGAAAGUAUAUACUCAGUGUUGUUAGAAAAUAAAGGAUCUUUCACGAAUAUAGUGCUAAAUCUUUGUAUCCCUGGCACUUGUAACAAAGAUUUAUACAAAUUUUCUUUACUGAUUUUUUCGAGAUUUUGGAAAUGUACACGCACACACGCCGCUAAAAACGAAGUGUGCGCAUCAAACUCUUGACGUUUUGAUACUUAAGAUCCUUGUUUCUUUCAAUUGUCGAAUCCAAAAAAUCCAGAGAUCUGGAUUUUUUGGAACUUUAUGGGGACCUAAAGAGAUUAAAGACUCGGCUUGUCUAAUUCAAACUAGUCUUGAGUUUUACCUUUGAAAUUCGCGAUUUGGCCGAAGCUAGUCUUAGAACGUGGAAACUACGUUCGCAGAAUCUCAGAAUGCUUAAAUUUGUCCAAUCUCGUGAAUUUACAAGCAUGUCGAAAUUUACGUUAGAUCUACGAAUACUCGAAUGUGCUGUUCUUCCACGGCUCCUCGAUCAUCGCUCUUCAACGUAAACUCAACUGCCGUUCAACAAACAAAAAGGUGAUGCAAAACUUCAUCAUACGUUUCUCAUUGUCUACUUUCUAAUCCACCCUUCGCGCAAUGUCCCAAACAGCGAGAGUCGCCUUUCAUUUUCAAAUUGUCGAUCGUUUGUCAAGCGACAAUGCGGAGAACACGUCGCGUGUAAAUAUCCAACGUUGGUGAGGAAAGCUCCUCGGAUCGCCUUCUAUCGAAUAAUUCUGUCGAGACAUUAUUUUUUCGAAUUUCGAAGUCGUCUUCGGAUGUUCCGAUGUCGGUAAAAUCUAGGAAAUAGCUAGAUACACGAGCAGCUAGUGCUUGCGCGAGUACGUUAAAAUAUGUUAAAAGAAUCUGCUUGAAUAAUCUGUGCAUCCUUGAAUCCACGAAUCUACGAAUCUUGUGCGAUCCUUGAAACAUUCCGAUCCUCCAAGUCCCGAGGUUCCUGAGAAUAAUUGUUUAGAUUCUGAAUGAUUCUCGAGAGGCGCGCGUGUGCCAGUUACUUGUCUCUACACAGUUAUCUCACAUAAUAUCGAUCUUACGCGACGUGGAUCAACAUACAGCGGAGUUCUCGAAUCAUUCCUUCGGAAGGAGACUGUCGCACUCUAUUGCGUACUAUAAGGGAGGGAGAGAAAGAGAGCAAAGAGGGAAACGUGUGGUGGUAAGGAAAGGCGGAGAAGAGAGCAAACCACUCCGUGAACAGGAAGAACAAAGGCGGAAAUACUGUGGACAUAAUGAUAAUAUUAAUAUUAAUAAUAAUGAUAAAUAAUUAUAUUAUAAUUAUAAUUAUUAUAUAUAAUAUCGAAUCAUUACCAUAAUUUAUAUACCUAACGAGAAAACUGCAUGUCAGAGUGAUGCAUGGAGAAAACCAAAUACCUUGUAAGUAAAAAAAAAGUCUUUAGAAGGAAAUAAAAGUAAUGCUUUCAGUCCAUUAAACGCAA